GUUGUGGUACAGCAUGAUCGCGACAUCGAGACGCUCUCAUGUCGGGUAAUACGGUGUACAAAGUGUCCUCUUCAUUUUUAUCGUCCGCGUUCCAACAUCACUGUCGCUGUUGUCAUCGUCGUAACUGACAGCCACAAUGGUCCAUCGCGGGAUUAUUUACUCGCUGAUCUGGUUGCUGUGGUUUCCGGCGUGCUUCCCAGCUCGGAGAUUGUUACCCGUUCAGCAGGCACCGUUAUUCGUUCGCGGUUCCAGAGAUUUGGUCCCGGUUUUACCGUUUAUGAAUAGGCCAAGAGCGGCCUCAAAUACGGCGUUCUCCAUGAACGUCGUCGACGAGGACAAACAGGAACUCUUUAACGAUUUCGGCUAUCAAGUGAUUGGACAUUACGCUUACACGAGUCCCGAAGGAAUCCCCGUCUACGUUAGUUACAUCGCAGACGACAAAGGGUAUCGAGCCAAAUUCAAUCUGGGCUCAGUAACCAUUCCACAUACACCUGUAUCACAUGUAGGACCUGUAUCAUAUGCAGCACCUAUACCAGAUGCCUUUAGAAUACGUUAAAUUUCGACACUUGGGUUUAUCAGCAAGCAGUUUGAGUUGAAAAAAGCUUUUCGUGCAACUGGUCGCAAAUUUGCUCGCUUAUCACGGUUUUCAGCUAAGCGGAAAUUUAGUGCAUCCUGAUUGAAUACUUAUAAGUGAACACAGACUAAUUAGUUUAGUUAUAUUGAAUUUAAUUAGACUUGAAUAAUGUGAUUCAGUGUCCAAUCUGUGCCCAAUCGGAAGCCGUUCCGAAAUUCAAAGAAAUUAGAUUUGAAAAAAAUCUUAUCUAAUCUUAUCUAAUAUUAUGUUUUGGUGGACACACCUUUUUUUAGUUAGAGCGCAUCGUGUAAAAUGUACAUCGUGGAAUAUUAAGGAAAAUUCUAAAGAAUUAGGCGUUUUAUCGUAAAAUAAGAAUUGUACGAAAAAUGAUUAUCACAUAUCAAAGUUUAUUAUUUAUGUCCUUUAUUAAUUACUACAAUAAAACGUAUAAAAAUAGGAUAGAAAAAUUUAUUAUGCAUCAAUUUCAAACUGUGCAACUUGUAUUGUCGCAAGUUACACAUAACUUGGAAUACUUUUUAUAGCUAUAUAUGAAUUCUUACGAUAAAAAAAUAUAAUAUAAUAUUUUGCGGAACCGAAAUGUUUUGUGCCCGAUACG